AUGGUGAAGAUGGCGUGUUGUGGGAGCUGCCUGUGCUGUCAGUGCUGCUGCAGAGAAGGAGAAACCAGAACGCCAGAGGAGCUGACAAUUUUGGGGGAGACCAGAGAAGAUGAAGAUGAAAUACUACCAAGGAAAGAUUAUGAGAGUUUGGAUUAUGACAGGUGUAUUAAUGAGCCCUACGUGGAGGUGUUGGAUGGGAUGGACAAUAAGAAAGCCAAACGGUACGAAGCUGUAAAGUGGAUGUUGGUGUUUGCCAUUGGAGUAUCCACAGGCCUGAUCGGCGUGUUUGUCGACUUCUUCGUGCGCCUCUUCACCCAGCUGAAGUUCCAACUGGUCGGAAAAUCUGUGGAGGAGUGCACUGGGAACGGCUGCCUUGCUUUGUCGUUGCUUGAGCUACUGGCGUUUAAUAUGCUGUUUGUCUUUAUCGCCAGCGUUCUCGUUCUGGUUGAGCCUGUGGCCGCCGGAUCGGGCAUACCAGAGAUUAAAAGUUACCUAAACGGGGUGAAGAUUCCCGGAAUCGUCCGACUCCGCACCUUCAUCUGUAAAGCCAUUGGGGUUCUGUUUGCUGUUUCGGGAGGUUUGUUCGUGGGCAAAGAGGGACCCAUGAUCCACAGUGGAGCUAUCAUAGGAGCCGGCCUUCCCCAGUUUCAGAGCAUCACCUUCAAGAAAAUCCGCUUUCAGUUUCCUUAUUUCCGUAGCGACAGAGAUAAACGAGAUUUUGUAUCAGCUGGAGCAGCAGCCGGAGUGGCAGCAGCAUUCGGCGCCCCCAUCGGAGGUACCCUCUUCAGUCUGGAGGAGGGGUCGUCCUUCUGGAACCAGGCUCUCACAUGGAAAGUGCUGUUCUGCUCCAUGUCUGCCACCUUCACACUCAACUUCUUUCGCUCUGGAAUCAACUUCAACAAAUGGGGUUCGUUUCAGCUCCCUGGUCUGCUCAAUUUUGGAGAAUUCAAGUGCACAGAUGGGGAUAAGAACUGUCACUUAUGGACUGCGGUGGACCUGGCCUUUUUCGUGCUGAUGGGGCUGGUGGGCGGCCUGCUCGGUGCCACGUUCAACUGCAUCAACAAGCGACUCGCCAAGUACCGCAUGAAGACUGUCCAUCCCAAAGCCAAAUUUAUUAGGGUGCUAGAGAGCAUGCUGGUGUGUACGGUGACCACUCUGGUGAUUUUCAUGGCUUCCAUGACGCUGGGAGAGUGUAGGGAUUUAGCCACUUCAACAACUAACAAUACAACUACACCAGUGAGUGUGUCAGCAAAUGAUGUGAACUCGACCAUAAGGCAGUUCUUUUGCCCUAAUAAAACCUACAAUGACAUGGCAACUCUGUUCUUCAACCCUCAAGAAACUGCCAUUCAUCAGCUCUUCCACCAAGACGCCACAUUUAGUCCGGUCACCCUGUCGCUCUUCUUUGUGCUGUACUUUUUGCUGAGUUGUUGGACCUACGGUGUCUCUGUGCCCAGUGGCCUCUUUGUCCCUUCAUUGCUCUGUGGAGCGUCACUCGGACGUCUAGUAGCCAACGUCCUCAAAAUCAAUCUGGGCCUGCAGAUAUAUUCGGGGACUUUCGCUUUGAUCGGAGCAGCCGCCUUUCUUGGAGGUGUGGUCCGGAUGACCAUCAGCCUGACCGUCAUCCUCAUAGAAUCUACCAAUGAGAUCACAUACGGGCUUCCCAUCAUGAUCACACUAAUGGUGGCAAAAUGGACAGGAGAUUUGUUUAAUAAAGGCAUUUAUGACAUUCACAUUCAUUUAAGAGGUGUGCCGUUGCUGGAAUGGGAGACCGAAGUAGAAAUGGACAAACUGACUGCCAGUGACAUCAUGGAGCCCAAUCUAACGUAUGUGUACCCUCACACACGUAUUCAGUCCCUGGUCAGCAUUUUAAGAACCACCGUGUAUCAUGCCUUCCCUGUGGUCACUGAGAAUCGUGAAAAUGAGAAAGAGUUCAUGAAGGGGAAUAUCCUUGUCAGCAACAACAUCAGAUUCAAGACAGCGAGUGUUUUGACACGGGCCGCUGAGCAAAGACGGAGGUGCCAGUCGAUGAAGUCGUACCCCUCCAGCGAGCUACGUAACGUGUGCGAUGAGCAGGCGGGGGUGGAGCUAGCUGAGGAGGGUCAAGACAUCCUGCAGCAGAUGUUAGACAGAAGACACGCGCCCUACCCGAGUCUGUACCCGGACCAGUCCCCCAGUGAGGAGUGGAGCAUGGAGGAGAGGUUCCGCCCACUCACCUUCCAUGGGUUGAUCCUGCGCUCACAGCUCGUCAACCUGCUCAUCCGAGGAGUGUGUUACACCGAGAACCAAUCAAGUGCAUCUCAGCCACGACUCUCAUUCGCAGAAAUGACGGAGGAUUACCCACGCUACCCCGACAUUCAUGAUCUGGACCUUGCACUCCUCAACCCACGCAUGAUAGUGGAUGUGACUCCUUACAUGAACCCGAGUCCAUACACGGUCUCUCCGAACACACACGUCUCACAGGUGUUUAACCUGUUCAGGACCAUGGGACUUCGGCAUCUACCGGUAGUCAACGCAGUAGGAGAGAUCGUAGGAAUCAUCACCAGACAUAAUUUGACGCACGAGUUCCUAAUGGCCAAACUCCGACAGCAUUACAUAACCAUCCAGUGAGUCCACAUCUCAGCCCACGCUGAUCUCACAAUGGACCAGAAUGCAGCCCGGUCUUAUUGCUACACUCCCGGUCAUCACAACAAAGUUACUUUUUCCAUAUUAGCUAUAAUCUAAACACAGCCAUAUGGAUUCUGACUCAUAUGCACAUUUACAUACAGAAAUGUAUCAUACUAACUGGAAACAUGGAACAAAACUCUACUUGGGUGAAUGAACAGUACCUUUGCGUUUCUUUAUCAAGCUCACUGAAGCACUUUGAUUUGAGUUUGUGUUUUUGUUUGUCAGACUUGUAUUUAUGUGAAUAUGCUUGCACUAAUCGACUCAUUUCAGGAAGAAUGUUUCAAGCAGCCAGUAGGAAAUAUUGCAAUAUCACAAACAAUAUGACAUCAGAACCUACAGUAUUCUUAUAGAUACUUAGAGACUUAUUUUUUAUGCAUUUUUAGCGCGUCCAGUUUUUACCCAAUUGCGUCAUGCUUUCUCUCCACUGGAGCUGACUCUUGCCCCGAUUGAGGAGAGCGAGACUGACACACGCCCACUCCAACACGUGGGCAGCAGCCGUGGCGAGUGCAAUACGGAUCAGCACUGUGUAUGGAGAGACACACCCUAGUCCCUAUCUGGCUUUUUUUUUUUUUUUGUUAUGCAUUUUCUUCCCUUUUUCUCCCUUUUAGUGCGUCCAAUUGCACGAUUGCGUCAUGCUUCCUCUCCACCAAUGCCGAUCCCUGCUCUGAUUGAGGAGAAUGAAGCUAACCCACGCCCCCUCCGACUUUUGGGCAGCAGCCGUAUGCAUCUUGCGUCACCAACACUUUGACGAGUGCAAUACGGGUCAGCACUGUGUACGGAGAGACACACCCUGACAGCACUGACACUCUUUUCUCGUCUCUGUGCAGGCGCCACCAAUCAGCCAGCAGAGGUCGUAAUUGCAUUAGUUAUGAGAGACUCCCUAUCCGGCUUUAAUAUCCCACCCAUAUCUGAACAACAGGCCAAUCGUCGCUCACUCGGCUGCUCAGCCCAGCCAGCAGGCAGAGCUGAAACUCGAUACGAUGUAUUCGAGAUCCCAGCUCUGGUGUUCCAGCGUGUGUUUUUACCGCUGCGCCACCUGAGCGGCCAAGACAUCAGAUUUUAGUGGGACAUUCAGCCUCUAACAUCCAGGUACUAGACAGGCCAGUAGUGCAUAAUGUGAGAAUACUGCCUAGUUUGGCAUUUGAGACACAGACAAAGCGUCAAAGUCCAGAAAAGAACUGAAGUUUGUCCAUCGUUGUUUGUCCAUCGUGUUGGGUCCUUACUAGAACAACUGCACAUUUAGCUGCCACUAAAUGAAAAUGUUAUGGGGAGAAGAAACCUUCUCAGGGCGUGUUUGCAGUUAUGGACUGAUGAAACCACUACAAAGUAACCAGUUUAUUAAUGACAUUUCCGAUACUGUGAUCUGAUAUUCUAUCAUGUAGUCAGAUGAUGAUUAUUUGCAGUAAUGUGUGAUUAUGUACAUAUUAGAAUGAAGCUACAUUCACAAUAGCACAUGUACGUUAAGCAUUCCCUGAUUUUUGUUUACAUUGUUUUAUUUAAGAUUAAGCUUCAGUGAGAUUUACACUACCUGUCAGUGAUGUUAAACACAAACUAAUGGUUUUUCUUUUGUUUGGAAAUGCUUUAAAUGGAUUAAAUCAGUAUUAUAUUUUGACAUUGUAAAUGAACCUGUUACUAAAAGAUUUGUUUUGUUUUGUUUGUUUUUAAUACAUACUUUUAAAAGACUACAUUGAUUUUUAUUGUUAGUAUUCUGUGAAUGAAGAUCAUGUGCAUUAAGUACACUCCGAAACUUGCCUUCAAUUCCUUUGCUACCAGAUUGCUGUCAAUUCUAUGGCUAACAUUUGUGUUUGAAUCGCAGAUGUAUGAAAAUUAGGGCUGUCACGCGAUAAAAAAUUUGAAUCAAGAUUAAUCGUGAUUAAAGAAUCAAAUUAAUCGCAAUUAAUCGUGUGCAGAAAUAACAGAACAAUU